UACAGACAAGAUAAAAGAAAUUAAAAAAAAAAAAAAACUAAUCCAGUAGACUAAAAACGGAUAUUUCGGUAAUCUACAAAUAAUUCUACAGUAACAACAUAGGAUUAAUUACUUAAUCAAUACUAGUACUAGUAAUAACCAAUUAUAGCCCACAUAGUACAUCACUGUUGAUAAUGAUAUGGUACGCAUAUGAUGAAAUUACCGAAAAAUCCAAUUGAAAACAUAGCAUCGUGUCCGUAUCAUACGGCAUUAUUCAGCAAAUCUUUUUAUCAGUCCGUUGCUUACUUAAAAAUGAGCAAUCCUUGCCUUGUCCCUCCAUUUCUUCACCUUUAUUUCUCUCACUUCCCAAUAGUCUCUUCCUAUCUACUCCUCUUCUUUCCAUACACCAAAUUUGCACAAAAAAAAAAAAAAAAAACCUCUAGUUAGUCUAUACUCUUCAGCAACCAAAACCCAUAUCUCGAAACAAAAAAAGAAGUGUUAGUCAUAGUUUUUUGUGCUUGAAUUUUUUAACUUUUGAUUGGAAUAUUGGUACAUAAGAACAGUGGCAUUUAAAACUUUGAGACCCACAUGCAGAUUAUUCGUCUUGUAUGUUUCUUGUUCAUUUUAUGCUCAAUCUUUGAGUUUAACAAGAGGUUUUUGGGUUGUUUUCUUGACUUUGUUUUCAUGGAUUGUGUUGAAUCCCUUAAGCAUUUGAGUUUGAAUGCUGAUUUGGGAUUUGGGUUUCUUGUGUUUGGUUGGUUUGGGCAAGUGUAUAAAGUUUUGGGGUUGUUUUUGUUGUUUGGUUUGGGAUUAAGGGUCUUGCAAUUUAGUUGGUAUUGUAAGGGUUGGAACCGUUUUCUUUGUGCUUUUUGUGGGAAAUCAGGUGAAUUGAGAAAUGGAUGUUCAAAAAAUGAUUUUGAUGACAAGUGUAGUGAAAAGAUGAUAUUUUGCAAGUCUGGGUUGUUAAAACUGUUGAUGAAUGAAAAAAAUGAAACCAGUGAUGAUGAAUUGGAUGAUGAACAUGAGUGUUGUGAUGAAGACAAAGUGUUUGAUGUUUUGUCACUCAGAAAAAUGGUUAAGAUUGAAAGGGGCAAAGCAAAUGCUGCUUGUUUGGAACUUGAAAAGGAGAGAAUGGCAGCUGCUACAGCAGCUGAGGAAACAAUGGCAAUGAUUUUGCGCUUACAAAAUGAGAAGAGUUUAGUUGAAAUGGAAACAAAUCAAUAUAAAAGAUUGGCUGAGGAGAAGCAAUUACACGAUCAAGAAGUGAUUCAAUCAUUACAAUGGCUUGUACUUAAACAUGAAUCAGAAAGGACUAUCUUGGAAGACCAACUCAAAUUAUGUAGAGAAAAGUUGAAGUCUUUUGGGAAAAGGGAUUAUGAAGGGGACCACUCAGAAGGAACUGAGGAGAAUCAUAGUUCUCUCAAUGCCAACCUUGAUGAUGCUUUUCAUUAUACACUCUUUAGCUCUCUUGACAUGGAUUUGUCGCCAGAGUAAGUUUUUUUUUUAUUUCUUGGGAAAACACUAAACACUGUAGAUUUUGCCUCCCUUGAUCAAUCAUUGGGAGAGUGCAUUAACUUGUCCAGUUAACCCAACAUCAAGAAAUGGUCCACACACUUUUGCUUUUUGAUGGUUGUCCAGUAUCACUUGCUCUAGGAUUGUUCUUUGACUGUUUUAAUUGAUGUCUCUGGCAACUAAUUAGUCCUUGAAUAGUUCUAGUAGAGUCACAGGGUCAGCUCCUCCUUGUGUAGUGGAAUUAUGUUCAAUUUUCACUUGUAAAUAUAAUGGUGGUAUUAGUAUAGCAACUCAAUUCUCAUCAAUAAAUAGAAUGUCAUUUUU